CUUUCUCAAACAGGAUAGAAAUGAAUUGAAGAAAACAACUGUUUACAUUUUGGAUGUGUCUCCUUUGCCCAUGUUCUGUUUAAUGUUAAUCAUAAGCUUGCAACACCGAACAAUCUCAAAUAAUCUGCUUGGAGUCACCAUUUGUGAUGAUUGCUCAGAUUAUUCACUGAUAAUCAAGAGGAUGUUAUGAAAUGUGAGUCAGACAGCCUCUGGCUUUCUGGAAGUGCCAGAACCUUAUAUAUAUGGACGGAACUUCCUAGUUGAGACAUUGGAGCAGCAGAGAGGUGGGAGCCAUCAGAUUCCUUAAGCUGAGAAGGAAGACAGAGGCCAGCAUGCCCAGACUGCCUUUGCUGUUGCUGCUGCUUCUCUGGGGCGUGGGGUCUCACAGCUUCCCAGCAGCGACUUCAGAAACACAAGAGCAAGAUGUGGAGACAGUGCAGAAAUACCUGGAAAACUACUACAACCUGAAGAAUGAUGCGAAGCAAGUUGAAAGACAGAGAAACAAUGACCCAGUAGUUGAAAAACUAAAGCAAAUGCAAAAGUUCUUUGGGCUGAAGGUGACGGGGAAACCAGAUGCUGAAACCCUGAAUGUGAUGAAGCAGCCCAGAUGUGGGGUGCCUGACAUGGCUCAGUUUGUUCUCACUCAGGGGAGCCCGCGGUGGGAGGACACACACCUGACCUACAGGAUUGAAAACUACACACCAGAUCUGUCAAGAGCAGCUGUGGACCAUGCCAUUGAGAAAGCCUUUCAACUCUGGAGCAGUGUGUCACCCUUGACCUUCACCAAGGUCUCUGAGAGUCAAGCAGACAUAAUGAUAUCCUUUGUCAGGGGAGAUCAUCGUGACAAUUCUCCCUUUGAUGGACCGGGUGGAAACCUCGCUCAUGCUUUUCAACCAGGCCCACAUAUCGGAGGGGAUAUCCAUUUUGAUGAAGAUGAAAGGUGGACCAACAAUUUCAGAGAUUAUAACUUGUAUCGUGUGGCAGCUCAUGAAUUGGGCCAUUCCCUUGGACUUGCUCAUUCUACUGACAUUGGGGCUUUGAUGUACCCCAACUACAUCUUCAGUGGUGAUGUUCAGCUAUCUCAGGAUGACAUCAGUGGGAUCCAGGCCAUCUAUGGACCUUCCCAAAAUCCCACUCAGCCAAUUGGCCCGCAAACCCCACAAGUGUGUGACAGUAAGCUAACUUUUGAUGCUAUAACUACAAUCCGGGGAGAAUUGAUGUUCUUUAAAGACAGGUUCUACAUGCGCACAAAUCCCUUCUACCCAGAAGCUGAGCUCAAUUUCAUUUCUGUUUUCUGGCCCCAUUUGCCAAAUGGACUUCAGGCUGCUUAUGAGGUUGCCGAUAGAGAUGAAGUUCGGUUUUUCAAAGGUAAUAAGUACUGGGCUGUCAAGGGGCAAGAUGUGUUAUACGGAUACCCCAAGUACAUCUACAGAUCCUUUGGUUUCCCUAGGACUGUGAAGAACAUCGACGCUGCUGUUUCUGAUGAAGAUACUGGGAAAACGUACUUCUUUGUUGCUAACAAAUGCUGGAGGUAUGAUGAAUAUAAACAAUCCAUGGAUGCAGGUUAUCCCAAAAUGAUAGCAGAAGAUUUUCCUGGAAUUGGCAGCAAAGUUGAUGCUGUUUUCCAGAAAGACGGAUUUUUCUAUUUCUUCCAUGGAAAAAGGCAAUACAAAUUUGAUACCAAAACUAAGAGAAUUUUGACUCUCCAAAAAGCUAAUAGCUGGUUCAACUGCAGAAAAAAUUGACCACCUGUUAAAAAGUUAAACAGAAAAAUAUAUUUCAGGAGUCCAAGGAAGGUACUUUCCUGAAGAGACAUAUAUUUAAAUAAAAUACAGAGUCAUGAAGUAUAAUCUUAUUUAUACCCCAUUCUGCAUAAUUUUUAUGACUUAGAAUGUAAUGUUUUAUGUACUGCUAUAAUUUAGUUCCACAAAUAAGGUCAAAUUCAUGGCUCCACAGUUCAAUUCUCUGCAGAUGUGGAAGGAAGGAAUAGGCAGUCACAUUUGGAUAGUCCUGGCCAGAUAGUCUGGCCAGGAUUGUGCCCAGAAGUGACCAAUAUCACUUCCAGAUGGAAUCAUUGGAUUGCUGGUGCAAACUUCUCCAGCGCUAUGAUGAUUGUAAAAGCACAUCUUGAGAGAAUUUCCACAAGGUUGAAGAAGCCUGAAUUCCUGGGCCAACACUCUGAACAGUUACCCUAAACCUCAGUAGAUUUUGCUUAAGAAAUAAACUUUCAUUGUGUUAAGCCA